AUGGUGGCAACGUUCAAGAUCGCUGUGCUGGGAGCCCAGGGCGUGGGCAAGAGUGCCAUAGUCCGGCAGUUCCUCUACAACGAGUUCAGCGAGGUCUGCGUGCCCACCACGGCCCGCCGCGUCUACCUGCCCGCCGUCGUCAUGAACGGCCACGUCCACGACCUGCAGAUCAUGGACUUCCCCCCCAUCACCGCCUUCCCCGUCAACACCCUGCAGGAGUGGGCGGACGUGUGUUGCAGGGGGCUCCGGAGCGUCCAUGCCUACAUCCUGGUCUAUGACAUCUGUUGCUUUGACAGCUUCGAGUACAUCAAAACCAUCCGCCAGCAGAUCCUGGAAACGAGGGUCAUCGGCACUUCAGAGACGCCCAUCAUCAUCGUGGGCAACAAGCGGGACCUGCAGCGGGGCCGGGUGAUCCCGCGCUGGAACGUCUCCAACCUGGUGAAGAAGACGUGGAAGUGCGGCUACAUCGAGUGCUCGGCCAAGUACAACUGGCACAUCCUGCUGCUCUUCAGUGAGCUCCUGAAGAGCGUGGGCUGCGCCCGCUGCAAGCACGUCCACACCACCAUCCGCUUCCAGGGUGCCCUGCGCAGGAACCGAUGCACCAUCAUGUGA